GCUGCGUUCAGUGGCACCAACACCAAACUUCUCUGUCAGUUAUGUGUCAGUGAAAACAAGGAGCAGCGCAGCAUCAAUGGCACCUUCAUUCCUCCGGUUUUCAGCAUGAAUGUGUCGGAUUGUGGAGUUUUAUUUCCGUUCGUAAAAGACUUUGGAACAGUGGAUUUACGCAUCGCCGGUGCGCCUGGAGAAUGCGCCUUAAUGGAAAGUGUCUCCACAGUGCGAAAUCGGGGAGAAUAUCUGUGAAAGUGUGAUUUAAAACAAAAACAGACAAUCAACUCUCUGUAGGUAUGAACACCACGAACACGACGCGCAUGUUUCCGCCGCCCACUAUCCCGGCGAUUAUGUUCAUUUUCGGGGUGGUGGGAAACGUCAUCGCCAUAGUGGUUCUCCUGAUCUCACGAAAGGAGCAGAAGGAAACGACUUUCUACAGGCUGGUGUGCGGUCUGGCGGUGACAGACCUGCUCGGCACGCUGCUGGCCAGCCCUGUCACCAUCGCCACCUACAUGAAAGGCUCGUGGCCCGGCGGGGAGCCCCUGUGCCAGUACUUCGGCUUCAUCCUCCUGUUCUUCUUCUUGGUCCAGCUCAGCAUCGUUUUCGCCAUGUCGGUGGAAAGAUAUCUGGCGAUCAACCACGCGUAUUUCUACAACAAGUACGUCAACCAAAAGCUGGCAGCGCUGACCCUAGUGGCCGUUUACGUGUGCAGUGCCGCGUUUUGCGCGCUGCCCAGCAUGGGGCUCGGCCAGGUCAAACUGCAGAACUCCAGGACUUGGUGCUUCAUUGACUGGCAAAACAAUCACACGACGGUGGCGACGUUCAACCUCAUGUACGCGGGUGUCAACUCGUUCAUCGUGCUCGCCACUGUCGUGUGCAACGUGAUGGUGUGCGGGGCGCUCAUCCUGAUGCAUAAACGGUUCGUGCGCCGCACGUCUCUGGGCAGGGACCGGAGGCGCAUCGCCGAGCUGAGGCGCAGACGGAGUUUCGGGCGUUUGGCCGGCGCGGAGAUCCAAAUGUUUAUCCUGCUCAUAGCCACGUCCGCUGUGGUGCUCAUCUGCUCCAUACCUUUAGUGCUGAGGAUCUUUGUAAACCAGCUGUACAGGAACGAGAAAGAAGAGUCUUUUGGGUUGAACAAAGACCUGCUGGCCAUCCGCAUGGCGUCUGUCAACCCCAUCUUAGAUCCAUGGGUCUACAUCCUCCUCAGGAAGACGGUGGUCCUCAAGCUGAUGGAGAAAAUCAAGUGUCUCUUCUGCAAAAUGGGUGGACGAGGCCGAGGAAGCCCAGGCCGGUUCCGCUGUGCGGACGGCCGCCUCUCCUCCUCCAUCUUGUCUCGGGAUUCACCCUCGCUGGUGUCACGUGAGCUGCAGGAAAUGGUGAGCACAUCCCAGACAUUCCUGUACCCGUGUGAGAGGUACGUCAGGAAGCUGGCUCCGUCUGAAAAGCAGGAUGGGUCCAGCGCAUCCACUGCACAGCCGGGUUUGGUACCGCAACCUCAGGAGGCCAAGAGCCCUCAGAGGGGGCUCCUACAGACUGAUUUGGAGUACAUAGCGCCAGGUGAAGCAUUACAAGAAGUCCCCAUGUGUCCUAAAGACACGACUCUGCAAGUAACUUUCACAGAUGAGACUGUGAGCGGACCGGAGAAAUGCAUAUGAGCAUUUACAAGUGGACAAUCUCAGAAAAUUCAAUCAGUGACAUAAAAAGUGAACAAUACUCCUGUUUUGUAGAUAUCUACAGCCCAAACUGUAUAGGACUGCUAGGAAAAAAAGACAUUGUAACAAACUUAAUUUCAACAGUCAAAGUAUUUCACCUGUUUUACACCACUAAUGCUGCAUUCACAUGUUGCCUGUAAAUGGCAGGCACCAAACUGCAUGUUCCAUUGUUUUCAAAGAGAGGAUGAUGGAAAAUUCUGCAAUGCCUGUCAAACAUUAAAAAUGUUAAACUUUUUCCACCUGCCUUAGCGACAACCUCAAACUGGAUGUUGUUAUAUCUUCAAUGGAUCAUUAAAUUUUUUAUCGAUAAGUUUUUAUUGAUAUAAAUGCCAUUAUCGAUUCUGCUCAUCACUCCAAUUCCUUAUUAAUUAAUCAAUUUCCUGUGUUAAAAAAAAAAGUAGGCCUACACAGGUUUUCAAUGUCAACGCAUUUGUUUCUCUUGUUGCUAGAUGCAGAUUUUGGUGACAUCAUGACAAGCACAUAUUUUUGCAAUGCAUCAUUGGUUGGACGAAGCCUGUUUUGCGACAACCACAAACAUAAUAAAGGUCACUAUUGUAGUAAUAAUUAUUACAGUAGUGGUUGAUGUUGCAGGUUGAAAUUUCUUAGAAUUUUGAUCAGGAGUCCACCAAAAACUUCCGACCAAUGUCCAUCACAAAGAAACAUACACGAUUCACUCUGUAAACCGAAAACCUGUGGUUUGAAUUUUAGAUAUUAUUACACAAGUGACUGGUAACUGUAGUAACACCAGUCACACGGGAAAAUAUCAGACUGUAACUUAAGCCAAUCAGAGCGUGCCUAGGGUUGUAGCCAUAAAAUAAUGUGCAAUAUUGAAAUAAUGAUUACAUUAGUAACCAUACUUAGUAUUUAAUAACACUUCUGAGUGUAAUAAUACAUAAAGUACAUGCCAUAGUUUUUUUUUUUGGGGGGGGGGGGGGGGGGGGGGGGGGGGGGUAGUGGGCUGACGUGUAUAUAAAUCUCUGAGCAUAGCAUUUUUGGACUCCCAAUUGAAAUUUUAAGAAAUUUCCCUCUACAGAAUCAGACUCUAUUGUAAUAAAAAUUUUAUUAUAAUAGUGACCCUUGUUACAUUAGUCCUCUGCAACAACAGGCCCUUUUCAACCACUAAUGUAAUAACUAUAACAACAGUGACCAUUAUUCCAAUCGUCGCUGCAAAAAGCCUAGCAAUUCCGAAGGACUAAACAUUUUGAAACUGGUUCUUGAUUCCCAUCCCGAUCAAUGAUUGGAAGAAGAGCAGCUACAGAUGGACUAUUUAACUGCAGAGACACCCGGUAUUACAUCAGAUAAAUGGAAAUAAUUUGUCUGUUACAGAAAGAAAUUACACUGUAGCAUCACAAAAAGUUGACAUUUUGAAUGUUUUAAUAUCACACUGGGCAAAUCUCAAAACGUUAUCUUUCAAAUAAGCAAAUUAUCCGUCUCAUUAACACCAACAAAUGGCCGCGUCGUAUGUCAUUAUCUGCCGUUUGCCGCUGCAAGCAACACUAAUGACGUUUUUUUUUCUUUUUCUUGGAACAACAUGUGAGUGCACAUCAUUAUAAAUAAACACUCAUAUUCAGAAAACUCAAGGUACCCUGUUGCACUUUUAAGCGCUAAAACCACAGCCAGGCUGGUAUUUUUUUUUUUAUUAAAUUUAACAGUGUAAAGAGUUGAAAUGUGAUUUUCGUAAUGUUAAUUUAUUUUAAAUGGGAAAAUGUCUUCUUGUCUUCUCUGUGAGAAGGUUCACAAAGUUUGUAGUUGUUUUAUUCACUCUGAGAUGAAUAUACUGUAACUGUCACUGGGGAAACUCCAGGGUUAGGAUUCAACUGUGAUUGAAACGACGAGAGAAUACAGAGAGUUGUCGAAUCGCCGAUAGGCUGGAGUUUCCCCUUCGACAUAUUCAAAGCUGUUUGAGACAUUUGUGAAUAUCUGAAUCAUAACCGGCUGAUUUGGAAUGUCGACGCCGGAUUCAUACCCUCUUGUGCAUUUAUUAAAUGCAGCUAUACUGUGAAUAUGUUUUCCACAGUGCACACACUGGAGGAUGUUACGAGGUCUCACAAGGUAAUCCCAUUACAUUGUGUCGCUUCAGUCAACUCCAUCUUAUUUUAUAACGUGCACUGAGACUUUAAUGGGGAAUUAGGAACAGCAAUUGAAUUUAAAGGUGAGAUACAGUUUCUUCUCUGAUUAAAGACACAAAUGUGUGUCCUUUUCUUGGAAUGGGUGUCUCGAUAUAAUUGCCAGUGUGCGAAUGUUCCUAUAAAAUAAACAGACGUGUCAACAUUUCGAUGUAAAGCCAGUAUGAAUAUGUUUGUAACCAUGAAAGCUGUACUGUAUUGUGAAAAGUACAUGUUUUAAACUCUUUAUCAAACGAAAAUAAAACUUGUCAAAUGUGACUAAAAUU